GCAUGAGUGUGGGGUGUGAGGGGCUCCUGCGCUCCGCUCACGGCCGCCGCCGGGGAAAGACGGACGGACUGCGCUUCCCUCUUCCGCGAGCGGUUCCCGGGCACCUCGGCUCGGCUGGAGAGCGAGCGGAGCGCGCCCGGCUGGCCGCCGGCCUCCAGAAGGUCCCGCUGCGUCCCCCCUGGGCUGGAUAUGUUCAUGUUCACGUGAAGAUGGAUUUAGUGUACGGUCUCGUGUGGCUGCUGACAGUCCUCCUGGAGGGGAUCUCUGGCCAAGGAGUGUACGCUCCCCCCACGGUUCGUAUUGUGCAUUCAGGCUUGGCCUGUAACAUUGAGGAGGAGCGCUACUCGGAAAGGGUCUACACUAUACGGGAAGGAGAAACCCUGGAAUUGACCUGUCUGGUCACAGGACAUCCACGUCCACAGAUCAGGUGGACCAAAACAGCAGGAAGUGCCUCUGACAGAUUCCAAGACUCAAGUGUCUUCAACGAGACUUUGAGGAUUACAAAUAUUCAGCGACACCAAGGAGGCCGGUAUUACUGUAAAGCAGAGAAUGGCCUGGGGUCCCCAGCGAUAAAGUCAAUCAGAGUGGAUGUGUACUAUUUGGAUGAUCCAGUAGUAACUGUUCACCAAAGUAUAGGUGAAGCUAAAGAACAAUUUUACUAUGAGAGAACAGUGUUCCUCCGGUGUGUUGCCAAUUCCAAUCCACCUGUUCGGUACAGCUGGAGACGUGGCCAGGAGGUGUUACUACAAGGGUCUGAUAAAGGAGUUGAGAUUUAUGAACCCUUCUUUACCCAGGGUGAAACAAAGAUAUUAAAACUAAAGAAUCUUCGACCUCAGGACUAUGCUAAUUAUAGCUGCAUUGCUUCAGUGAGGAAUGUAUGUAAUAUUCCUGAUAAGAUGGUGUCAUUUAGACUUUCCAAUAAAACAGCAUCUCCAUCAAUCAAACUCUUGGUGGAUGACCCUAUAGUUGUAAAUCCUGGAGAGGCCAUAACAUUAGUAUGUGUUACGACAGGAGGAGAGCCUGUACCUUCUCUCACCUGGGUCAGGUCCUUUGGGACUCUGCCUGAAAAGACUGUUUUGAAUGGAGGAACUUUAACCAUACCUGCCAUCACCUCAGAAGACGCUGGUACUUACAGCUGCAUCGCCAAUAAUAAAGUGGGAAACCCUGCAAAAAAGUCUACCAACAUCAUUGUGAGAGCAUUAAAAAAAGGACGAUUUUGGAUCACACCAGAUCCUUAUCACAAAGAUGACAACAUCCAGAUUGGGCGUGAGGUGAAAAUAUCUUGCCAAGUAGAAGCUGUUCCUUCUGAGGAGUUAACAUUUAGUUGGUUUAAAAAUGGUCGUCCAUUAAGAAGUUCUGAACGGAUGGUUAUUACGCAGACUGAUCCGGAUGUCUCCCCGGGAACGACAAACUUGGACAUCAUUGAUUUAAAAUUCACAGAUUUUGGGACAUACACAUGUGUAGCAUCUCUGAAGGGAGGAGGAAUAUCUGAUAUCAGUAUUGAUGUUAAUAUAUCCAGCAGCACAGUUCCACCCAAUCUGACUGUUCCACAGGAAAAAUCACCUUUGGUCACCAGAGAAGGAGACACAAUAGAACUGCAGUGUCAAGUAACUGGAAAACCUAAACCCAUCAUCCUUUGGUCUAGAGCGGAUAAAGAAGUUGCAAUGCCUGAUGGGUCAAUGCAAAUGGAGAGUUAUGAUGGAACACUGAGGAUUGUGAAUGUAUCUAGGGAAAUGUCAGGAAUGUACCGAUGUCAGACCAGCCAGUACAAUGGAUUUAAUGUGAAACCAAGAGAAGCCUUGGUGCAGCUCAUCGUGCAGUAUCCUCCUGCUGUGGAACCAGCAUUUCUGGAAAUCCGGCAAGGACAAGACCGCAGUGUCACUAUGAGCUGCAGGGUCCUGAGAGCCUAUCCAAUACGGGUACUGACCUAUGAGUGGCGCUUGGGAAACAAAUUAUUACGGAUGGGUCAAUUUGACUCUCAAGAAUACACAGAGUACCCGGUGAAGAGUCUUUCCAAUGAAAACUAUGGGGUUUAUAAUUGUAGCAUCAUAAAUGAAGCUGGAGCAGGGAGAUGCAGCUUUCUUGUUACAGGAAAGGCCUAUGCUCCAGAAUUCUAUUACGAUACCUACAAUCCUGUGUGGCAGAACAGACACCGUGUUUACUCCUACAGUCUACAGUGGACUCAAAUGAAUCCUGAUGCAGUAGAUCGGAUCGUUGCAUACCGGUUGGGUAUUAGACAGGCUGGACAGCAGCGAUGGUGGGAACAGGAGAUUAAAAUAAAUGGGAAUAUUCAAAAGGGAGAAUUAAUUACAUAUAACUUGACUGAGCUAAUUAAACCAGAGGCUUAUGAAGUCCGACUGACUCCUCUCACCAAAUUUGGAGAAGGAGAUUCAACAAUUCGUGUCAUCAAAUAUAGUGCUCCUGUUAAUCCUCAUUUGAGAGAAUUUCACUGUGGAUUUGAAGAUGGUAACAUUUGUUUGUUUACCCAAGAUGAUACAGACAAUUUUGACUGGACAAAGCAAAGUACUGCAACAAGAAAUACAAAAUAUACUCCAAACACUGGACCUAACGCUGAUCGUAGUGGCUCCAAAGAAGGUUUUUAUAUGUACAUUGAGACAUCUAGACCCAGAUUGGAAGGAGAAAAGGCUCGACUUCUCAGCCCUGUUUUCAGCAUAGCUCCCAAAAACCCUUAUGGACCCACGAACACUGCAUAUUGUUUCAGCUUCUUUUAUCACAUGUAUGGACAACAUAUAGGUGUUUUAAAUGUUUAUCUACGUUUGAAAGGGCAGACAACGAUAGAGAAUCCACUGUGGUCUUCAAGUGGGAAUAAAGGACAACGAUGGAAUGAGGCACAUGUUAAUAUAUAUCCAAUUACUUCAUUUCAGCUCAUUUUUGAAGGUAUUCGAGGUCCUGGCAUAGAAGGUGACAUUGCCAUUGAUGAUGUAUCAAUUGCAGAAGGAGAAUGUGCAAAACAAGACUUAACGACUAAGAAUUCCGUUGAUGGUGCUGUUGGAAUUUUAGUACAUAUAUGGCUUUUUCCGGUUAUCGUCCUCAUCUCUAUCUUAAGUCCUCGAAGGUGACCUUACCCUGGCAGAGGCUAUAAAAGAUUCACCAGGCACUGGCAUGAAGAAAGAGUCUUUGUAAAUGGACAUUGAAAAAACAAACUACCAAAGAUUCCU